AUGUCAGACCCGACCGUGCGCCGCGGCGGUGGGUCUUGGAUAUUAAUCGAGAUCCUGAUCAAUGCCAUCGGCAAGAUGGGCGCUUGUCGGUUCUCGCUUCGCGUCUGGCGCCGAGAGAGAGCCGGAGCUGGGUUUCCAGGAAUAGACGGGAAUGCCGAGAGGCGGUCGCGGUUUAGCACGGUACAGUACAGUCGGCCUGUAAUAGCGAGCAACUCUGACUCUGACUCUGGCUCUGGCUUGGAGCAAGCUGGCCAAAAGCCCAAGCUCAAGCUCAAGCUCAAGCUCAAGCUCAGGCCCACGCCACGGCCGCGGCCGCGGUGCUUCUUCAGAUUCAAAGCUCCGGGGCGAGGGGAGCACCGCUUUCGCCGGGAUGGAUAUCGCGGCUUAUCGCAGCGCUCGAUCAAUGCAUUCAAUCCUGGGUCCGAGUCGCGCUGA